CACUGACAACUGGGAAAUAUCCCGCAACAAACUAACAGGUGUCCUCCUCCUCCGCUAGAUCCAAAGUCACAUCACCGGUGGGCUGCCUGUCCACGCCGCAGACUCUCUCCCUCAACUGAUCCGAACGCGUUUCUUUGCUUUAUCUGACCUUGCAACUUCCAGGAAAUCACUUGAAUAUAUAGCCACAAAAGAUGCACUCGGCACAGAAAGACACCACAUACACCAAGAUCUUUGUGGGAGGUCUUCCUUAUCACACAACGGAUUCAAGUCUCAGGAAAUAUUUCGAGGUGUUUGGAGACAUCGAGGAGGCUGUUGUCAUCACUGAUCGGCAGACGGGGAAGUCCAGAGGUUAUGGAUUUGUGACCAUGGCAGACCGGGCCUCUGCUGACCGAGCCUGCAAGGACCCCAACCCCAUAAUAGAUGGCAGGAAAGCGAAUGUAAACCUAGCCUACCUGGGGGCCAAGCCCAGGGUCAUACAGCCAGGGUUUGCAUUUGGUGUGCCUCAGAUCCAUCCAGCAUUCAUCCAAAGACCUUAUGGAGUCCCUGCCCACUACGUCUACCCUCAGGCCUUUGUCCAACCCAGCGUGGUGAUCCCUCAUGUACAACCUUCUGCUGCUACAGCAACAGCUGCUGCUGCCACUUCCCCAUACCUUGACUAUACUGGAGCAGCGUAUGCCCAGUACUCUGCGGCUGCCACUGCCGCCGCCGCCGCCGCUGCAUAUGAGCAGUAUCCUUACGCGGCCUCACCAGCACCAACAAGCUACAUGACUACAGCAGGGUACGGGUACGCUGUCCAGCAGCCACUCGCCACUGCUGCCACCCCAGGAGCUGCCGCCGCUGCUGCCGCCUUCAGCCAGUACCAACCUCAGCAGCUCCAGACAGAUCGCAUGCAGUGAAACCAUGAAAACUACCUUAAAGGAGGAAAGAAGGGGAGGUCACCUCCUCCCAUGAAGAGGGUGAAGUUAGGAGGAGGGAGACCGUAGGAGCUGAAUGAUGGUUGUCACUCCCAGGUUUUAACUUAGCAGUCCUUCUACCAAAGAGCCUGAAGAAAAUCACCAAAAAUGUGGAGACAAAUGAGGAAUUACUGUAUAUUUUAUUCAAGUGAGAUCAGUAUUUUGUCACUAUUGAAUAUAUAUGAAUAUUUAAUAUUUAUUCAGCAGGAAAAUAUUUAAUGUUAAUUAAAGUGUAGACUAACUGGACCUCAUGUCAAUCAUUGCUAAAUUUUGUAUAUAUAUAUACAGCAGUAGAAUUUGUAUAAAAUUCCCAAGUGCAUUCACGUCUUAUGAUCAGGUUAUUUCCCCACUUUUGAAAACAAACCAAAACACUUACAUACGUAUGAGAACAGUGUGUUGUGUCAUCAUGCAGUUUUCAGUAUUUCAUAGUUUUGGACCAGUAUUUUGUUAAAAGCUAUGCAGACAUUGAAAUAGAAGUCAGUGUUUUGUUAGGAUUGUUCUCUUUUUUAUAACUGUUUGAAGUGAGAUAGAUUAGACACCCUCAACUAGUUCCCUUUUAAAAUGUAUUUUCUUGAUCGUACGUAAGACAAAAUGCUUAAGUGACAGCUGAAGCUGGUAUGAGCACUCACUUUUCUUCCCUUUUUAAAUUGCACCUCAAGUAGCAAAAGGGAAGAAACAUUGCUGAAUGUGAAUCUUUCAUUUUGACAAAAUGUUUCAUAAUGUGCCUUUUUAAUUAUGCUAUUUAUGUAUUUAUUAUGGAGCCUUACAGUAAUAAACCCUUUAUUUUGUGUUCAUGUGUUAGUAUGAAGCCUACUGCAGAACAUGCUGCUGCAUAAUGAUCAAGAGCAUGUGAUGGAUGUUUAAACUUGGCUUAACGAAGCGAUACACUGUGUAUAAAGAACAAAAUAUGAGUGGAAAGGUAGCAAUAAGUCCUACGCAUUUUCUGUUUUCUGUAGAUUUAAUGUUGUCUCAAAUAGAUUCCUAAUUCUUCAAUGUCGCUUUUUAUACUUGACCAGUUUGAUAAAGGACAGUGUGAGAACUGUUAACUUUUAAAAUUUUCUACAUUUGAUGUCAUUAGACAUUAAGUGUUUUCUAAUGCAAGGGCAUCACCUAUUUCACCUUGCAUUGUGUAAUGCAUGACUCAAAAUAAUGCAAACAUUUAAUAUGUGAAAUAAAAGGAAAUUUACCUUCAA